AUGGUGGUUGGCUUCGGAUCUCCAAGGUUGAACGACGACGGCGGCAACUUGCAACAGUGGAGUGGGUUGGCGGACGGUGACUGGGACCGGACGUCCUGCUGGCGAAGCAGCGGCGCUAGUGGCGGCGAUCGAUCUCGACAAGGCGGCGAGGUGUCGACUGACACCGGCGAUCAAUGGAACAGUGACGUUUGUGGCCCACCUCUUCACUACGUUCUAAAGCUAUCCCAACAUGGGGAAGGACGGAGGUCGACGGCGGUUGACGAUGACGAUACCAGGUCGGCAGCGGAGCUGAUCCAUGGUGAGGGUGGCAGCUGGGAAGGGGAGGUAUAA